CUCGGCUCAUUGACAGCCCUGGGCUCAGCCGCUCCCCGCUCAGGGCCUCAGGUUCAUCUCCUCCCUCUGUUUCUUAAACCUUUCCCUUCUGUCGGACUCUCUCCUACCUUGCUCUUCCUUCCCUGGCGGCGACGACUGGGCAAGCGGCGGCGCCAUCUGUCCUGUCUUCGCCCAGCCCUUUUCCGGCGACGAGCGCAUCCUCCAGAAUUAUCGGGUGUACAUGUGUACACCCAUGUCCUAUGCUGGGUCCGCCCCUGUUGGUUGUUAGGUUUGGAUGAGUGCCUAGGUUCAUAAGGAGUUUACGUGAGUAUCUGCAUCAAAGAUAGCAUGAGCACUGUCAGCGGCACAGCGCGUGCCCCGAGGAGACAGUCACAAGAUGGGUCAGCUGGUAAAGUAGUGGUGAACUUGGAAGCAAGCUCCCCAGUGGUGGGUAGCUCUCAUGGAGUACCAGCUACUGUUGCUGGCGCACAAAACUCGCCUAUUGAUGUGGAAGCCAUUGAAGAUGAAGUGCAGGCAAUAUCGCCCUCACGAGUGCCCCCUCCAAGGAGGAACAUGAGAACCAGGAGGCGACCUGUAACAGUGGUUGACUUGGAGGUGGAAGGUGUCCAGGAAGGGAACAAACGCCAGAGGGUUGUACAUGUACAUUGCCUCUCUCAACAUAAGGGAGAAGGGUCUAGCUUUCAGUCAAAUAAGGAGGUUCCCAAGGAACCAAUUUUUACCUGCCCAAUAUGUUGGAAUAAGAUGGAGGAGCCCUCCACAACGUCUUGUGGCCAUAUCUUCUGCAGCACGUGCAUCAAGCAAGCCAUCAAGGUUCAGAAGAAAUGUCCAACGUGCAGGAAGGGCCUGAGAGCAAAUAGUAUCCAUCGGAUUUACCUUCCAAGCACUGCUAGUUAAGGUCCACUGGCUGUGUCAGAAACUUCUGGUACUAUAAGGCUGGGCGAUCAGGAUCAGAAGUUUUCUCUCAGGGUGAACAGUUGAUGGGUUUCACCAUAGCCUGUAUCAUAUAACUGCAGCACCAGGAGCUCAUCAGCUCAUUGUGACAACUUCCUGACAAGGAAGUGGAUAGCUUCAGUUUUUACUCAUCUUUUAUUGCGCCUUACAACAUGAGAAUGAUGUUGGUUGUAUGUAUUAGGUUAUUGGCUUAGUUGAGCAGUGUAACUGGGGAUUUGCUUCAAUCUGAAAUGAUAAUAGCAUUCAUGGAUGCUUUUGCUCCUUGCUGUA